GGACCUCCCCCGGCCGCGAUUCUUAAGUCCCAAGUGAGGGGCACCAGCUCACGUUUCUGUAGCACAGGGUCGGGGACACUGAGGCUCGUGGGUGGGGCCCCUGUUUCUGACAUCCGAUGUGGUGGGCAGGGGGACAAGGGACAGGACCGGCGCUUGCAGAGCUUGGAUGGACGACCGAGAAGGGGGCAUUCAGGAACCUGGGCUCCACAUUGUUACUGCAGGGAACAAAGUUUGAGAGAGAUCUACCUUUAUUCUUAGGGCCGUGGGAGCCAUAGAGAGCUUAAACGAGAGACACCAUCUGAGUUAGGAUUUGAAAAAUCCUCUGCAGGCUGUUCAGUGGAAGAAAAGACUUUAGAGAUGGAUGAGGACGUUGAGGCAGAGGGAGGUUGAAUAUUUUCCCAAGGCCACACAACUGGUGAGAGGCAGCACUAAGGACUGAGGCGCACAGGUUAGACGGUCGACCCAAAGUUACGUGGCUCUCGGCCGAGGCAAGGGUACAGGGAAGGUCUGUGCCCAUGGAGCACUCCCAUGAUCACAUUCCUCUGAGGCCUGCGUCUUUCCACAGGUUCCCAUAGCUACAGAGGUACUUUUCAAGCUUACACAGGUAAGUGGAGGUAUCUCAGCCCCUCACUGGUCUGGAAUGUCCCUCCUGCCUCCCCACACAGAUAUUUUCUUUAGAUUUGUGGUGUAAUGGGACUCACCUACCAUUCUCUCAGCUGUUGGUUUGGGAACCCUAGAGAAUCCCUGAGCUCAGGGUGCUGAGUCCAGGCCAGUGUUUCCAUUUGGAGCAGCCAAUGUAAAGGGGUGAAAGUUUAUGAUAGUACCAGCUUUUGGAACUCCUUGGAGGUGAGACUGAACUGGUUCAGGGAACUGCAGGUUUCCUUCAUUUCUGUGAAGUUUGGCAUCUAUUGUGAGGAAGUUGGAGUUUGGGAUAAGAGGAGGGAGAUUUCUCUAACCCAAGUGUGACAGGAUACAGAGUAGAAAACAGAAUGAAAACAGUGACCAAUGGGAAUGUGAAGAGACAGCAGGGAUCAAUGACACCAAGGUCUGGUGUCUCUUCUGACUUAGGGAGCUUGGGAGGAGAAUGUAUGAGGACAUGAAUUUUGAGUCUUCCAAAGUGAGACUGUUCAUGGUUUCAUCAAUCCCUAUUAUGCUAGGGAAGUGUGACCUUUGAAGAUGUGGCCGUGUACUUCUCCUGGGAGGAAUGGGAUCUCCUUGAUGAGGCUCAGAAACACCUGUACUUCGAUGUGAUGCUGGAGAACUUUGCACUUACAUCCUCCCUGGGUAAGGCCCUCAUACUCACCCUUGUGCCCUGUACCAGGCUCUGUGUUUCUCCUUUUCCUCAGGAGCAGCUCAUAUCUGGACCAUAGGCACUGCCUCCUUCCCCAGUUCCCUGGGUAGGUGUUGUGGACUGAGUGCAAGCCUACUUCCCUUAUCAUCCCUGCCUAAAAGCACCUUGGGUAAGGAUUUGGGAUCAAUCCUUACCCACAUCUUACAGACUUACAUCAUCCUGGUCUCAUGUAGUUGCUCAACUAGGACUAGGGGAAGUGUCCUCUGUUCUUCACAGGAUGUUCAUGACUCCAGCCUCAGCAAGAUGGGAUCAGAGAGGGCCUGGCCUACAUGAAUGGCACUUGGGAAAAGGCAUGUCAUCAGGUUGUUGGCAUGGAGUGGAGCAUGAGGAAACACCUUCUGAACAGAGAAUUUCUGUCGAAGGAGUGCCACAGUUCAGGACUUCCAAAGAAGGUUCAUCUUCCCAGAAUGCCUACUCCUGUGAAAUAUGUGGCCUGGUCUUGAGAGAUAUUUUGCACUUGGCUGAACACCAAGGAACAAACUGUGGGCAGAAACUACACACAUAUGGAAAACAAUUCUACAUCAAUGCAAAUCUUCAACAGCACCAGAGGCAGCACAUUAAAGAGGCACCUUUCACAAGUUACGUGGACACAACCUCAUUUACAAAGAGCUGCACAGUCCACGUGUCGGAGAAGCCCUUCACCUGUAGGGAGAUCAGGAAAGACUUCCUGGCCAACAUGAGGUUUCUCCAUCAAGAGGCCACUCAAACAGGGGAGAAGCUAAAUAACAGUAACAAGUGUGUGGUGGCCUUUUACAGUGGAAAAAGUCAUCGCAACUGGGGAAAAUACAGUAAAGCCUUUAGCCACACAGACACACUUGUUCAGGACCAGAGAAUCCUCACUAGAGAAGGGCUUUUUGAGUGCAGCAAAUGUGGGAAAGCAUGUACGCGAAGAUGUAACCUCAUUCAGCACCAGAAGGUCCACAGUGAAGAAAGGCCUUAUGAAUGCAACGAAUGUGGAAAAUUCUUUACCUACUACUCCAGUUUCAUUAUACACCAAAGAGUUCAUACUGGAGAAAGGCCUUAUGUGUGCCCUGAAUGUGGGAAAUCCUUUAGUCAGAUCUACAGCCUCAAUAGCCAUAGGAAAGUUCACACUGGAGAAAGGCCUUAUGAAUGCAGCGAAUGUGGGAAAUCUUUUAGCCAAAGGUCCAACCUCAUGCAGCAUCGCAGAGUUCACACUGGAGAAAGACCUUAUGAAUGCAGUGAAUGUGGGAAAUCUUUUAGCCAAAACUUCAGCCUCAUUUACCACCAGAGGGUUCACACUGGAGAAAGACCUCAUGAGUGCAAUGAAUGUGGAAAAUCCUUUAGCCGAAGCUCCAGCCUCAUUCACCACCGGAGACUUCACACUGGAGAAAGACCCUAUGAGUGCAGUAAAUGUGGGAAAUCGUUUAAGCAAAGCUCCAGCUUCAGUUCACAUCGGAAAGUCCACACAGGGGAAAGGCCUUAUGUGUGUGGGGAAUGUGGGAAAUCCUUUAGCCAUAGCUCCAACCUUAAGAACCACCAGAGAGUUCACACUGGAGAAAGGCCUGUUGAGUGCAGUGAAUGUAGCAAAUCCUUUAGCUGUAAAUCUAACCUCAUUAAACACCUGAGAGUUCACACUGGAGAAAGGCCUUAUGAGUGCAGUGAAUGUGGGAAAUCCUUUAGCCAAAGUUCUAGCCUCAUUCAACACCGGAGAGUUCACACUGGAAAAAGGCCUUAUCAGUGCAGCGAAUGUGGGAAAUCCUUUGGCUGCAAAUCUGUCCUCAUUCAACACCAGAGAGUUCACAUUGGAGAAAAGCCUUAACUGUACUGAGAAUAUGCAAGUUCCUUUUAGUGUAAUUAUACUGAAGGAGUACACCUGUGAGAGAGACAAGUACCUGAACUGGAAGCCCCAACAUCUAAGGAUAUACAGUGGGCAGAUUCCCCUUAAGUUCCAGGUAUGUGUUGCACUUUCUAACCUGCCAUUUAGAAAGUGUUAGACUUUCUUACCUGCCAUAUAUGGCUCUUGCCAUUUAUGUCACUGACAGUUUCUGAGGCAGAAGCCGUAUCACAUCUACCACCUGUGAGGUCCACAUAAUGUGCAUCAUUUACCUCCUGAACCUGCUGAAGGAAGCAGACCUCUGUUUCUCCCCGUUUGCUAGAAGAAAUCAUGAAUAGUCUGAGUCUUCCUCUCUGAUAAGUUAGGGCAUGGACUUGACCCAGCUUUGUGCCAGAGAACCCAAUAUGAGUGUUGUUGGCAGCUUGCCAAGAAGGACUCUUCUUUCAAGACAUGUUGGUUUCAUGUGACACCUCCAUGGAUUUUUUCCAGCCUCUAAGUCACCAACUUUGGAACUGCCUGCCUCACAUUGCUUUGUUUUUUACAAUAAUAAAGGUAUUAUUAUUUAAGCUA